AUGUCUUCUCAAGAGCCCAAGACGCCCAUUCCCGAGCCAAGAGGGUUACCUUACCUUGGCAACAUAACUGAGUUCAGGUCUGAGGACUCAUUGCAAGACUUGGCCCGCCUUCAUGAUACGUAUGGGGACAUCUUCCGUCUACGGUUCCCUGGAGUAGGAUCCUGCGUCUUUGUGGGCUCUAACCAGUUGGUGAACGAGAUCUGCGACGAGUCUCGCUUCAAAAAGUCUAUCCAGGCAGAGGUGGCCGAGGCCCGUCUUAUCGCUGGAGAUGGCCUCUUCACUGCAAAAAGUGAGGAAGAGAAUUGGGGUCUCGCUCAUCGUAUACUGAUGCCUGCAUUCGGCCCCGUCUCCAUAAAGGGCAUGUUCAACGAGAUGCAAGACAUCGUCAUCCAAAUGGCCCUCAAAUGGGCUCGGUACGGUUCUUUCAACCCCAUCCCCGCCAGUGACGAUUUUACCCGUCUGGCACUCGACACGCUUGCCCUCUGCUCCAUGGGCUACCGGUUCAACUCAUUCUAUAAAGAUGAGCUACACCCAUUCGUCCAAAGUAUGGGCGAUAGUCUGACCGAGCUCGGGAACCGUACUCAGCGGCCGAAGUGGGCCAAGGUCUUCUACCGCUCGUCUGAGCGCAAGCUCUUCAAAGAUAUCGACCUGAUGCGCACGACAUCUGACGAACUCAUCAAAGCCAGAAGGGCGGCCUCAAACGGCAAUAAGAGGAAGGAUUUGCUGACAGCUAUGAUCGAAGGCGUGGAUGCGAGGACGGGCAAGAAGCUUAGUGAUGAGAGUGUUAUCAACAAUCUGGUCACCUUUCUCAUUGCAGGGCAUGAGACUACUUCGGGGACGCUGUCUUUUGCCUUCUACUCGAUGCUCAAGAACCCGCAGACAUUUCAGAAGGCCCAGCAAGAAGUGGAUACGAUCAUGGGUCGAGAUCGUAUAACAGUCGAUAAACUCUUCAAGUUGAAAUACAUCCCAGCCAUGCUACGCGAGACACUGCGCCAAUGCUCGCCCAUCCCCGGCAUUACGCUCGAGGCUCACGAAGACACGCUACUAGCCGGCAAGUACCCCGUCAAGAAGGGCGAGCCAAUCACGGCUAUCUUUUCCAGGGCCCAUAUCGAUCCUGCAGUAUACGGCGAGGAUGCCAACGAAUUCAAGCCCGAGCGUAUGUUAGAUGAGAAUUUCGACCGCCUACAGAAGGAGUUUCCUAACUGCUGGAAACCCUUCGGCAACGGUAUGAGAGCCUGCAUUGGGCGACCGUUUGCUUGGCAGGAGAUGCUCUUAGUCACGUCUACCCUUCUCCAGAACUUCGACUUCUUUCUUAACGAUCCAUCAUAUACUCUCAAGAUUGCAGAAACAUUAACCAUCAAGCCCAAGGAUUUCUUCAUGCGCACUUCUCUCCGCCACGGCAUGACUCCCUUGGACUUGGAGCGCAGUCUCCGUGGUGAGGCAGAUGAGAAGGGAGCUUUCGCUCAUGACGAUAAGGUUCCAGAAGCCCUAGCCCACCGUGACCCGACAGCCAAGCCGAUCAGCAUUUACUACGGGUCAAACAGCGGCACGUGUGAGGUUCUUGCCCGUCGACUCGCUUCGAGCGCACCAGCCCACGGCUUCAGGGCCUUAAUGGUAGAUUCCAUCGAUGCAGCCAAAGACAGGCUCCCACAAGAUCACCCAGUCAUUUUCUUUGUGUCUUCGUAUGAGGGCCAGCCUCCGGACAACGCCAGGCAAUUCGUGGCGUGGCUGGAGAGUCUGGUCGGCCAGGAACUGGUCAGGGUCCCUUACGCGGUCUUUGGCGCCGGCAGCUCGGAAUGGCGCCAAACGUUUCACCGAAUCCCCAAGCUUAUUGACAAUAAGCUAGAGAAUCAUGGUGCCGAGCGACUGGCGCCGCUUGGCCUGACUGACGUUUCGGAAAAGGAUCCAUUCUCAGACUUCGAGUCAUGGGAGGAUAACACUCUUUGGCCAGCUCUUGAGACCAAGUACGCUGUGUCCAAGAUCGACGAUGUUGGCUACACAGACCUGACGGUGGAUGUGUCGACGCCACGCAGCUCGACCCUGCGGCAUAACGUCAGGGAGGCUGUUGUUACUGCCACGAGGGACCUCACCACGCCUGGCAUGUCUCGAAAGAAGCACAUCGAGAUAAACCUCCCCACCGGCGUGUCUUACGAGGCUGGCGACUAUCUGGCCGUGUUACCUAUGAACCCUCGUGAAAUCGUCGGUCGUGUGUUUCGCCGAUUCAAGCUCUCUUGGGAUGCUAUGCUCACAAUCAAGGGCAACCAGGCCACUCUACUGCCUAUGGGCAGCUCGACGUCGGCCUCGGACGUACUCAGCUCCUAUGUCGAGCUCUCGCAACCUGCGACGAGAAGGAAUUUACUAGCUCUAACGGCGUAUACGCAGGACGAGCAGACCAAGAAGGAGCUCGCGUCAUUAGCGGCUGAUGACAAGUUCCAGAGCGAGAUCACCCAGAAGCGUCUCUCAGUUUUGGAUUUACUCGAGCGGUACUCAUCGGUUGAACUGCCGAUUUCCACGUUCCUGGGCAUGCUGCCACCCAUGCGCAUCAGGCAAUACUCAAUCUCGUCGUCGCCCUUGCAUGAUCCUCGCCUCGCUACCCUGACUUACUCGAUUCUCGAGGAGCCCUCACUUGGCGGCCAGGGCAAGCAUAUUGGCGUAGCCACUAGCUACCUUGACAGUCUGAGGCCAGACGAUCGUAUACAUAUCGCUAUUCGCCCCUCGCACGUUGCAUUUCAUCUUCCCCGUACUCCGGAGACGACUCCCAUCAUCUGCAUUGCCGCUGGCUCCGGCCUCGCGCCCUUCCGAGGAUUCAUCCAGCAACGGGCCGCCCAAAUCAAGGCUAACCGGAGCUUAGCGCCUGCGUUGCUGAUUUAUGGGUGCCGUGGCAGAGGCGACGAUAUCUACCGUGAGGAUUUUGAUGCUUGGGAGGCCGCUGGCGCCGUUAGUGUCAAAAGGGCCUACUCUCGCCAGCAGGAGGCGACAGAUGGAUGCAAAUACGUCCAGGAUCGGAUGUUGGAGGCAAAGGAGACUCUAUACGAGCUUUGGGAGAACGGUGCCAAGCUCUUUGUCUGCGGCAGUCGGCAAGUUGGUAAUGCAGUCGAGGCGGCGUGCAUUGAGUUGAUAAGUGAGCUUAAGGAAACUGAUAAAGAGUCAGCCAGGAAGUAUUUGGACGAGAUUCGGAACGAGAGGUUCGCUACAGAUGUCUUCGAGUGA